CCGCAUGAACACUCUUUUGCCUAUUUGUUGUAUCACUCUCAUUCGCAAUAAAUAUUUACAGUCGAAACGAGUUUGAACGGCUGCACCCACAAACAAGGUACUACGGAGAUUGGCAAAGAGAGGGCUCGACGACGCCUUAUCUCUUAUCGUGGUUGUUUCCGUUGAAUAUGUCCAAUAGAUUCGAAUAGCUAAAUUAGUGUCGCCACAAUCGCGAACGAGUGCACAUACAUAACCCUAUUUAUAGGUAGAGGUGAACUCUGGACACAACAUAUUUAUUACCAAAUCGAGGAAUGGAUUCUUCACCAACGUCCGAUACCCCUUCGCGCCCACCAGCUCCGAUCACGGGCCCAUUUGUGGGCGCCAUCGACGAGGGCACAACCUCGGCGCGAUUCAUAAUUUUCCGCGCCGGCACCGAUGACAUUGUGUGUUAUCACCAAAUCGAGGUGGCCUCGAUCUUCGCCAAAGAAGGAUGGUGCGAGCAGGAUCCCUUGGCUAUUGCAAACACAGUCAACGAAUGUAUUGCUGGAGCUUGCCAGAAAUUGGUCGCUGCUGGUGGUAAAGUCGAGGAUAUUGUUACAAUCGGAAUAACCAACCAACGCGAGUCCACCGUUGUAUGGAAUCGCAACACAGGCCAGCCCUUGGCAAAUGCCAUAAUUUGGUUGGACAAUCGUACAACAAGCACCGUGGAGGAAUUGUUGGAGACAAUACCAAACAAUGCUAGAAACAUUAAUUACUUGCGUCCUCUUUGCGGACUUCCCCUUUCUCCGUACUUCUCAGGUGUAAAGCUACGCUGGCUGCGCGACAAUGUUCCAGUAGUAAGCCAGGCCAUGGAGAAGGGCACCGCCAUGUUUGGCACCAUCGACACCUGGCUAAUGUAUUGCCUGACCGGAGGAAAGGAUGGAGGGAUACACAAGACGGACGUGACCAAUGCAUCGCGCACCAUGUUGAUGAACAUUGAAACGCUGCAAUGGGAUACCAAUUUGCUAAAGUUUUUCGGGCUGCCCAAAACCAUUCUUCCCGAGAUCUGUUCGAGCGCCGAAUUCUAUGGCAAUAUUGCUAAUGGCGUACUCAAGGGAGUCAGCAUCACUGCCGAUUUGGGCGAUCAACAAGCAGCUUUAGUGGGACAACAAUGCCUGUCCAAAGGUCAGGCUAAGGCUACUUACGGAACGGGCUGUUUUCUCUUGUACAACACCGGGCCCUCCAUUGUACACUCCCAGCACGGACUUCUUACCACGGUCGGCUAUCAACUGGGCAGGAAGUCUGCUCCUUACUAUGCCCUCGAAGGAAGUGUUUCUAUUGCUGGAGCGGCUUUUAACUGGUUGCGAGACAAUAUGGGCAUCAUCCAGAACUCUGGGCAGAUAGAGUCAAUGGCCAACACGGUUGAUAAUUCCCUCGACGUUUAUUUUGUGCCAGCCUUCAAUGGACUUUAUGCUCCGUACUGGAACCAAGAUGCCAGGGGCGUCAUCUGUGGGCUGAGUGAGGAGACUACAAGCGAGCACAUUGUGCGAGCCACCUUGGAGGCGGUUUGUUUCCAAGUACGAGACAUCCUCGACUCAAUGCACAAGGAUUGCAAAAUUCCUUUGGCCAAGCUGAUGGUGGACGGUGGCAUGACUGUGAACAAUCUUUUUCUGCAACUUCAGUCUGACUUAGUGGGGAUUCAAGUGCUCCGGGCUAAAAUUGCUGAAACCACCGCUUUGGGCGCUGCCAUGGCCGCAUAUAAAGCAGUGGAAAGCCGCUAUUCUAUGGAGGCACCACUUUCGAAGUCCGGUCCCCGGGAACCCAUCAAACCCUCUAUUAACGCCACCGAGAGGAAUCUCCGUUACCAGAAGUGGAAAAUGGCUAUCGAGCGCUCUUUAAACUGGGAGACAUCCACGCUUCCUCAGGGCGAACGCGAGGCUUUUGAUGGAGCAUAAAAUCGUUCUUGCUAAUAAUUUACGAUGCAUUUGUUUGUCGUUUCGUUUAUUUCGUAAUGGUGCUUCGGGCCGAAAAAUUAUUUGUUUUCACAAUUGGAUUUUAUUGUAUAUAUAAAAAAGAUGUUGAUGACAAA